AUGGAUCUCUUUAAAGGUUGGAGAGUAGGCAGGCUUAAUACAGUGGUGACACAUUUACAGUUUGUAGACGAUACAAUUAUCUUCUGUGAGGGUGGGGAUCCUUUAAAGGCAAGGCAGCUGAAGGAGGUGAUCAAGUUGUUUGAACAUAUGUCUAAGUUGAAAAUAAAUUUUGAGAAAAGUUGUGUGGCAGGAAUGAAUUUGGAGCAGGAGGAGCUUGAGGAAGUAGCAGAGUCUUUUGGAUGCCCGAUAACUGUUUGGCCAUUGAAAUACCUUGGGAUGCCACUAGGAGACAAUCCGAAAGAAAGUAGGUUUUGGAACCCAGUUGUGGAAAGGUGUUCUAAGAGAUUGGCUGCCUGGAAGAGAAAUUAUAUUUCGAUGGGAGGCACUGGUUGGGAUGCUGGGGUAUCGUCGAGGGCUACUUUGGCUUCUCCUUGGAAAUCUAUUUGUGGAGUGCUUCCUCAGUUCCUAAGCCAGAUCAGAAAUCUGGAAGCUGUAGCUAGAAGUUCUGCUACAAGGAGUAAACCUGUCGUGGGCUGUAAACCACUGGAUGAAGGAUUUAUCAAACUGAACUUUGAUGGCUGCAGCUUAUGGAACCCAGGCCCGGCUGGUAUAGGGGGAGUUUUUAGAAACUAUGAAGGUCAUGUUAUUGCUAUGUUCUCAGGUCCAGUUGGAGUAGGGGACUCGGUUUUUGCAGAGUUCCAAGCUGUCCUGCAAGGAGUAAAGCUUGCUAGAGAUUUAACUUAUGAUAGAUUGUUAAUUGAAGUCAUUGAUGUCAGUGGAAAAUCAUCUUUCAAGUUUCUUGUAUCAAAUGUGUUUAGUUUCUUGGAGAUACAGUUUAAGCCAGGAAGGUUCUUCUGUACAGGGAUGAUACCAGAAUCUAUUGGGAAUUGUACUAAAUUGGAAGAACUCUAUCUUAUUGAGAACCAGUUAGUUGGAGUUUUGCCUAAGAGCCUAAACAAUCUUCAGUUCCUUGCUUACUUGGAUGUCAGUUCGAACAGACUUGAGGGCAGGAUAAAGUUGGGGGGUUCAGGUAAUUGCAGGAAUUUGCAGGAGUUGGUCUUGACUUACAAUCAAUUUGAUGGAGAAAUACCAUCAGGCUUGGGCAAUUGCAGUGGAUUAAGAUUCUUGGCAGCUCUGGAUAAUAAAUUAAUAGGUCAGAUCCCCUCCUUUGGAAUACUAACUAAAUUGGAGCUACUUUACCUCAAUGAGAACUCUUUGUCAAGGGUAAUUCCACCAGAGAUUGGGACCUGUAGUUCCUUGAAGGAAUUACUCUUGCAGAAAAACCAACUCGAAGGCAAAAUUACAAAUAUCUCUCUGUCUCAGAACAAUUUGUCUGGGGAAUUACCUUUAGAGAUUCCAACCCUCAAUGUCAGUGAUGAUGAGGCAGAAAAGGGCCCUAAUGCCGUAGAGGCCUUGAGGGCUCAGGUGAAUGCUGAAGAAAGAGAUGAGCAGACUUCAAGUUCAAGUGGGAGCAGUGAGAACAGCAGUGAGAGUGGAGUGGGAGUGGGAGCAGUAGCAGUGACAGUGAAGCGGGCGAUGAAGAUUCAGUCAAUUCUAUUUGAAAUAUCAAAGUAA